AACCACCAGGUGGCGCGCUGAACCGAGGACGGUGUGCGCAUGCGCGGGAGCAGCACCCUGCUUCUCUUCUGUGUUAUUGUUAUUAAUAAUGGCGGAAUAAAUUCACACACACCGCGGACUGUACAGCUCUCAGGUGAUUGUUGCUGUUUGGAUAAUAAGAUGGUCAGCUGUGUCCAGGUCAGGUCUCUGCGCUGCUCCUGUAGUGGAGGCCCUCUGCUGGCGGAGAGACGAACUGCACACAUACACCGCUGAUCUGUGUGUGUGUGUGUGUGUGUGUGUUUACAGGGUUGAUCCAGUGGAGUCGGAAGCUAAAAGAGUGCAUGUGUGUGUGAUGGAGUGACCGCACACAGCGGCAGUAUGAGGGUGUGUGUGUCCCCUGCAGCUCGAUUGUGUGUCCUCCAGUAGCUGAUAAUUAGAGUGUGUGUUUGUGUAGAGUAGAGCCCCCUGUGUGUGUGUGUGUGUGUAGCAUGUCGGUGUCCAGCAGUGACGCGUGUCUCAGCAUCGUGCACAGUCUGAUGUGUCACCGUCAGGGCGGUGAGAGCGAGAGCUUCAGUAAGAGGGCCAUCGAGAGUCUGGUGAAGAAACUGAAGGAGAAGAAAGAUGAACUGGACUCUCUGAUCACCGCCGUCACCACCAACGGAGCUCACCCCAGCAAGUGUGUGACCAUCCAGCGCACGCUUGAUGGGAGACUACAGGUUGCGGGUCGGAAGGGCUUUCCCCAUGUGAUCUAUGCACGGUUAUGGCGCUGGCCUGAUCUCCAUAAGAACGAGCUGAAACAUGUAAAGUACUGCCAGUACGCCUUUGACCUGAAGUGUGACAGUGUGUGUGUGAACCCCUACCACUACGAGAGGGUGGCAUCACCUGGGAUAGAUCUGUCUGGACUGAAUCUGGGGGGAACAGGUCCCAGUGCUGGUCUCUUGGUUAAGGAGGAAUUUGACCCUCAGCCAUCUCACUCCAGCUCUGAUGGAUCACACAGUAUUCAGACGAUCCAGCAUCAGCCGGCCCCCUCUCACUCUGCCCCGCCCACUUCUACACGGCCACCACUCCCCGAGACGUUCAGCAGCCCCACUCUCAUGCCGCCGUCUGAGGCAACAAGCUCCGCCCCCAGUCCUGCUUUCUCCAGCAUGGCUCCUACUCCAGCCUCAGCCAGCGGCUCCUGGCCAAGAGGGAGUGGCUUUCCCGCAAAUCUGGCCAAUCCGAGUGGAGCUUUGCAGCACCAUCCUCCUCAAUACUGGCCUGUACAUAAUGAACUGAUCUUCCAGCCCCCGAUAUCUACACAUCCAGCUCCAGAUUACUGGUGUUCUAUAGCGUAUUUUGAGAUGGACGUUCAGGUGGGCGAGACCUUCAAGGUGCCAUCUUCGUGUCCGGUGGUGACAGUGGACGGUUAUGUGGAUCCAUCAGGAGGAGAUCGCUUCUGCCUGGGUCAGCUCAGCAAUGUUCAUCGCACCGAGGCCAUCGAGAGAGCGAGGUUACACAUUGGUAAAGGGGUACAGUUGGAGUGUAAGGGUGAGGGUGAUGUUUGGGUGCGAUGCCUCAGUGACCACGCUGUGUUUGUCCAGAGUUAUUAUCUGGACCGUGAAGCAGGGCGUGCACCGGGUGACGCUGUCCACAAAAUUUACCCCAGUGCUUACAUCAAGGUGUUUGAUCUGAGGCAGUGCCAUCGACAGAUGCAGCAGCAGGCAGCCACGGCUCAGGCUGCAGCAGCGGCUCAGGCUGCAGCAGUGGCAGGAAACAUACCAGGACCAGGAUCAGUGGGAGGGAUAGCACCAGCCAUCAGUCUGUCUGCGGCUGCAGGUAUCGGGGUGGAUGAUCUGCGUCGGUUGUGUAUUCUGCGCAUGAGUUUUGUUAAAGGUUGGGGUCCUGAUUAUCCUCGUCAGAGCAUCAAGGAAACCCCGUGCUGGAUUGAGAUUCACUUACACAGAGCUCUGCAGCUGCUGGACGAGGUUCUGCACACCAUGCCUAUUGCAGAUCCUCAACCGCUCGACUGAUCUGAGCGAUCCUGACCACAAACACUCAACUCCUCAACUGAGAAUGACCCCACCAUGACCCCACCACUCGGCUGACCUUCAGUUCCCUGAUUGACCUUUGCCUUCAGUUAGCUCUCUGUGUGUUAGGUAAAACCAGCUGGACAUCGGUCCCUUGCCUCUGUGGAGUUGAAGCAGAGAGGCGCUGCGGUGCAGGAGGAAGCAGGAAGUUGUUAAAGUGUGUGUGUGUGUGUGUGUGUGUGUGAUUACAGGUGUACUUUUGCUCAUUGAGGUGUGUGUGAGGAGCAGUGAUCAGCAUACCAGACCUUUACUCUCAUUCCACCUAAUAACAGAAUAACACCAUUGACCUUUGUUAGCACCUGUUACCUCUCACACACACACAGAUCAUCUCACACACACACACACACACACACAGAUCAUCUCUCACACACACACACACACACACAGAUCAUCUCACACACACACACACACACAGAUCAUCUCACACACACACACACACACACACACACACACACAGAUCAUCUCACACACACACACACACACACACACACACACAGAUCAUCUCACACACACACACACACACACACAGAUCAUCUCACACACACACACACACACACACAGAUCAUCUCACACACACACACAGAGAGAUCAUCUCACACACACACACACACACACAGAUCAUCUCACACACACACACACACACAGAGAUCAUCUCACACACACACACACACACACAGAGAUCAUCUCACACACACACAGAGAUCAUCUCACACACACACACAGAUCAUCUCACACACACACACACACACACAGAGAUCAUCUCUCACACACACACACACACAGAUCAUCUCACACACACAGAUCAUCUCACACACACACACACACAGAUCAGCUCACACACACACACACACAGAUCAUCUCACACACACACACACACACAGAUCUCACACACACACACAGAUCAUCUCACACACACACACACAGAGAUCAUCUCUCACACACACACACACACACACACAGAGAUCAUCUCACACACACACACACACACAGAUCAUCUCACACACACAGAUCAUCUCACACACACACACACACACACACACAGAGAUCAUCUCACACACACACACACACAGAUCAUCUCACACACACACACACACACACAGAGAUCAUCUCACACACACACACACACAGAGAUCAUCUCACACACACACACACACAGAUCAUCUCACACACACACACAGAGAUCAUCUCACACACACACACACACACAGAUCAUCUCACACACACACACACAGAUCAUCUCACACACACACACACAGAGAUCAUCUCACACACACACACACAGAGAUCAUCUCACACACACACACACACACAGAUCAUCUCACACACACACACAGAUCAUCUCACACACACACACACACAGAUCAUCUCACACACACACACACACACACAGAGAUCAUCUCACACACACACACAGAGAUCAUCUCACACACACACACACACACAGAUCAUCUCACACACACACACACACACAGAGCUCAUCUCACACACACAGAGAGAGAGAGAGAUCAUCUCACACACAUCACUGUGAUGAACAUAACAGCAGAGGAACCCAUGAGGGAGCGGGCGGUUCUCCUGGAACACCACUGGACCUGGGAGCAGUUCACACAGCAUCUCUGUAGAUCAGUUCUCUGAAGUAGAUGAUGAACAGAAGCAUUAGCUCCAGUGUAUCACAGACAAACCGUACUGACCACAGACUGUACUGACCACAGACCAGGCAUGUGUCACGUGUCCAACAUGAUAGAAAUCUGGCUCUAAACAUCAGAGGUAAAUAAAGACAGAGUAAUCUGUAUUAUGAUGUGUUGGUGUAGCGUAGAGCCGAGUCGCCACUUUGUAAUGGAGUCACAAUAAAAACAUCAUCCAGUCUU